GAGAACCACACGCGCGCGCGCGGAGCACGCAGAUCCCUCCCUCCCAUUUCUGGACGGAAGAUUCCUUGCGGCCUAGGUGGAUAUGGUGGCGAUCGAGGGCCAGAGCCUGGCGGAGACGGCCGCGGCAUCGGCGGUGGCGGCGGCGGCGCCGGCGGGGCUCCCGAAGGAGGCGCGGGGGCUGCUGCACGAGCUGGCGGCGGAGUGGGCGGACGUGGCCGACUGCCGCGCGCUGGAGGUGGUGCCGCUCAAGGGCGCCAUGACCAACGAGGUGUACCAGGUGCGCUGGCUCACCGGCGGCGGCGCGGGCGGCGGCGAGGAGAAGGGGGAGGGCGAGUACCGGAAGGUGCUGAUGCGGGUGUACGGCGAGGGCGUGGAGGUCUUCUUCGACCGGGAGGACGAGGUGCGCACGUUCGAGUGCAUGUCCCGCCACGGCCACGGCCCGCGCCUCCUCGGCCGCUUCCCCACCGGCCGCGUCGAGGAGUUCAUCCACGCCAGGACACUUUCAGCUGUUGACCUGCAUGAUCCAGAGAUUUCAGCUAUUAUAGCAUCCAAAUUGAGGGAGUUCCACCACCUUGACAUGCCAGGUCCAAAACGUGUCCUCAUGUGGGAUAGAUUGAGGAACUGGCUCAAAACUGCCAAGAGCGUCUGCCCCUCUGACGAAGCCAAAGAGUUCCGUUUGGAUAGCCUGGAGAAGGAGAUCAAUGCAUUGGAGAGUGAAUUUUCGGGGGAAGACCAGUGCAUAGGAUUUUGCCACAAUGAUCUCCAGUAUGGCAAUAUCAUGAUUGAUGAAGAGACCAAAGCACUGACCAUCAUUGACUACGAGUAUGCAAGCUUUAACCCAAUUGCUUUUGAUAUCGCAAACCAUUUCUGCGAGAUGGCUGCGGACUACCAUUCAGAAGAGCCUCACAUACUGGACUACACAAAAUAUCCAGAUGUCGAUGAGCGGAAGAGGUUUGUGCAGACCUACCUGAGCUCUUCAGGUGAGGAGCCUGACGCAGAAAAGAUCAAGGAUCUGAUGAAUAACAUUGAGAAGUACACACUCGCCAGCCAUCUCGUCUGGGGCCUCUGGGGAAUAAUUUCGGAACACGUCAACGAUAUCGACUUCGACUACAUGGAGUAUGCGCGGCAGAGGCUUGCGCAAUACUGGCUGAAGAAACCCGAGAUUCUAUCCUGCCGUGUUGAUGAUGAAUGAACCCCCAGCAAUGAUCAGGUGGUGUCUUUUCUGAUGGCCACUGGCUUCUGCACAUAGUACAGCUUGCGAUGCUCCUGGCGCGUCGAUGAGCUUGCCUAGGGUACAGAGUUUAGGUGAAGGUGGGGUGUGCUGGCUUUUUAGUAGUUCCCUUGCUCAUAAUCAGUCAGAAGGUGCUUGUAGUAAGGUGAUGUGAUCACUUCUGUGUUGUGUGUUUUCAGUAACAGUGGCUAGUUACUUGCGUGUGUUCAGGUGUACAUAUUUUGCAGUUUGGGAGUGUGGCUGAUGCUAUCAGGAGUAAUAAAAGAAUGUAAAUAUUUGCGUCGAAUAAAACAGGGAUACAGAAGGAAAAUCAUUAACAAAUCCUGCUUUGAACAUUUAA